UCAAAUAGAUAACGUCUUUGUUGUCAUUCUAGAGUCCUUCUUACCAAACGAUAUACCGUUGGCCUUUGAUAGAGAGGAGGCCAUCAGCUCUACCGUAAACUGCACCUAUGUUGCUGUCGAGGCAUCCGCUGUUGUGACCCAGCUUGACUCGGAACCUAUAUUGUCGAUGUACGCCCUGUCAGACAGUGCCACUUUCUCUGGAGACACCCUCGCUAGGUACUAAAUGCUAAUGGCUACUCUCGGCUGAGUUUCCCACCCCCGGCUGUCCUCCAACUCCCCGAGAGCUUGGCAUCAGUUGGAGAAAAAUUUCGGAAGCACCUUUGGGCGCGGUUCAUUUCAUUCAGGCAUUAGAAAGUGUUACUUGUACUCGCAUCAGAACAUAAUCCUUUAUUGGUAAUUGAUUGCAUGACCAGCAUGGGCGAGAAGAAGCGUAAAGAUUCGUCUGGCGCAGCCGAUAUGGUGCCCAAGAAGAGCAAGAAAUCGAAAUCGGCGGACGCCACCGAAGCAACAGAGACAACACUUACCAGUAUGCCGAGCGGCGACCCCGUUCUCAAUGGCAAGAAGAGCAAGAAGUCCUCAGAGAGUGCUCCCGUGACCUCGGCAAAGACCUCUCGCAAGCGGGCGGCCGACUUCAUGGAUGGAGAAGAAAAUGCCCCUGCCACCUCUGAAUCUGCAGCGUCCGUUAAGAAGCCCAAGACCAAAAAGAGCAAGAAGGGCAAACACGAUGAACUCCUCAGCGCCGACGGCAUUAAUGGGGUCGUAGAGCACAGUGGUGACCAAGACCUCGAAACUGCAACCUCGCACAAGCCUGUCUCUACCUCGAUGCAAGCCGAAGCUGAGCGUACCGUUGAACACGAAUUGGAGGAUGAGUUUGCUGGUCUCGAUGCGGAGGAUGGGCGAGACGAAGAGGAGGACGAGGUUGAUGAGGAUGACAAUGCAGCCGCACUUUUGGCUGGCUUUGACAGCGACACGGAAGAUCGUCAAGAAGACAAAGGACUCAACCUCACUACCACGCCUGCCCUCUCCAUGGACAAGAAGACACGCAAGAAGUUGACGAAGCUUGCGGGGAGAGACAGUCACGCCGAGUCAGGUACGGUGUACGUGGGCCGCAUCCCUCACGGUUUCUACGAGACGGAAAUGAAGGAAUACUUCUCACAGUUCGGCGACAUCUCUCGUCUGAGACUCUCUCGCAACAAACGCACCGGCGCAUCCAAGCACUUUGCUUUCAUCGAGUUCAAGUCCAAUGAGGUUGCCAAGAUCGUCGCCAGCACCAUGGACAAUUACCUCCUGUUCGGUCACAUCCUCAAAUGCAAGUACGCCGAGCCCGGCUCGUUACACCCAGAUGUCUGGAAGGGUGCAGACAAGAAGUUCAGAAAGAUUCCACAUGAGAAGCUCGAACGAGAGAAGCUGGCCGCACCAAAGACGGUGCAACAAUGGGAGAAGAAGGUUGACAAAGAGCGGCGCAAACGUGAGUUGAAGGCAAAGAAGCUCAAGAGUCUUGGAAUCGACAUGCCGGAAUGGACCCUAGCAUCUCCCUCGGAUGCAUUACUGCAGAGGCUGGCCGCCGAAGAGGAAACCAAGCAGGUCGAAGAUGCCGAGUCUGCACCGGCUGGCCUGAUUGAACCACCCGAAGGUCUACCCAAGGAUGAAAUCGCCAUCAAGGAGAGCAAGAAGUCUAAGAAGGACAAGGAGAAGAAAGCCGAUGCAGAAACAGCUGCAGAGGCAGAGACACUGGUUGAUCAAGAAACCCCUGCAGAAGCAAAGCCCAAAGCAGCUGCUAAGAAGGACAAGAAGAAGAAGAAGAAGGCUGACCUUGAGUCAACUGAGCCGGCUACAAAAAUUGUAGAACAGGCCCCAGCUGUCGAGGAAGUGGAAGUGAAGACCGAUGGAAAGGCCAAGAAGGAAAAGAAGGAAAAGAAGGACAAGAAGAAGACACCCACUGAGGGACUGAGAGAGGCUGGACAAGCUGCUAUGGACGCUGCUGUGACCCACAUCAAUGAACUUGCCGAUCAAGCAGAGAAGAAGUCCCGGAAGGAUAGGGCAUCGAAGAAAGCGGCACAAGAACCAGCGGAAGAACCUGCUGCUGAAGAAAGUAGUACCGCUGAUAUCGCUGAGCCUGUGGAUGAACCUGAGGCAGAGCCAGAGUCUGAGGCAGCCAUGGACACUAGCGCAGACUUCAUCUCUCUCGGAGCCGCGGCUGACGAUAUCCCCGCGUGGAAGAAAGAACGAAAAGAGAAGAAAGCGGAAAAGAAAGCGAAGAAGGAUCGUAAGAAUCUUGUCAAAGCCCGAGGACCGAAGUCAGGACUCGUCUCGUCCAAGCCCAAGACUGACCCGACUGCUACGGGUAGAGGUGGGGUUCCACUCCUCGGCAAGGAUAAGUACAACAAGGCCAAACGCCAGGAGCACAAGGAGAUGAAAAAGGAGCUUCAGAGCAAGCGUGGUGGUCGUCGAGCCUCAUAAAGCGAGUAUGUUCCCGCACCACCUUUCAGCAUAGCAAGCUGAGAUCUUCUCAACGCUCCCAAGCCACCAGGCGUGCGAUCAUCAAACGACACGACGUUCCAGGACUUUGUGCAACAGCCCAGUAUCCAUCGUCGAGUGCGCAAUGUGGAAGGGGUCCAAGGGAAUGUGAAUAUGGAAGGAUACUUGAGGCAA